AUGGCUACCAUGAACGAAGUUUUCGCUGCCUACCAGCAGCGACAGGCAGUUCUCGAGAAGAGCACGAGCCCUUAUGCAAAGGGAAUCGCUUGGAUAGAGGGGAAUCUCGUCCCUCUGUCUGAGGCACGAAUCCCGCUGCUUGACCAGGGUUUUAUGCAUAGCGAUCUGACUUAUGACGUACCGUCGGUGUGGGAUGGCCGCUUCUUCCGUCUUGAUGACCAUAUCACUCGGCUAGAGGCCAGCUGCGCCAAAUUGCGGCUAAAGUUGCCUUUGCCUCGCGAAGAAGUCAAGAAAAUUCUCAUCGACAUGGUAUCCAAGAGCGGCAUUCGGGAUGCUUUUGUUGAACUCAUCGUCACUCGAGGACUUAAGGGUGUUCGGGGUGCAAGACCAGAGGACCUUCUCAACAACAACUUGUACAUGUUUAUUCAACCGUACGUUUGGGUUAUGGAACCCAAAAUCCAGCCUGAAGGAGGAAGCGCAGUGGUCGCGCGGACUGUUCGACGAGUACCUCCCGGAGCCAUUGACCCUACGGUUAAGAACCUGCAGUGGGGUGAUUUGGUACGAGGCUUGUUUGAAGCGGCAGACCGCGGCGCUACGUACCCUUUCCUCACAGAUGGAGAUGCCAACCUCACUGAGGGUUCUGGGUUUAACGUCUUCCUGGUAAAAGAUGGUGUUCUCUACACUCCUGAUCGAGGUGUCCUUCACGGCGUAACUCGCAAGAGCGUCAUUGAUGUCGCAAACGCAAAUGGCAUUCCUGUGCGAGUCGAAGUUGUUCCCAUAGAGUUGGCCUACCAGAGCGACGAGAUUUUGAUGUCCACAACGGCAGGUGGUAUCAUGCCAAUUACUACUCUCGACGGUAAGCCUGUAAACACGGGCAAAGUUGGACCUAUCACCAAGAAGAUCUGGGACGGUUAUUGGGCCAUGCACUACAACCAGGCUUACAGCUUCGAGGUCAAAUACAGCUCUGCGUAA